GUUCAAGGAUUCUUUUAGGGAGUUGGUUGAUCUUUGUAAGCAGAUUGAUUCGAAACUUUUCAAUCUAAAGAAGGAGUUAUCUGUUCAAGAUGCGAAGCAUCAGAAGACACUUGCCGAGGUGUAGAUGGCCUAUUUGAUAGCUUUGCAAGGUUGGACUCACGAAUUUCAAGUGUUGGACAGACUGCAGCAAAAAUUGGAGACCAUUUGCAAGUGCAGAUGCUCAAAGGGAAACUGCUAGUCAAACAAUAGAACUUAUAAAGUACUUGAUGGAAUUUAACAGCAGCCCAGGUGACCUAAUGGAGCUUUCACUUUCACCUCUGUUUUCUGAUGAUAGCCAUGUUGCUGAGGCUGCAUCAAUUGCACAGAAAUUGCAUAAGAUGGCAUUACCUACUCAAGAUUUUACAUUUUUUAGAACUAGAUCAUUUGCUGAAGAAGAUAUUGGAAGACAAGGCAUAGCUGUACCAUCUGUCAUGGGAAAUGCAACUGCUAGCAGAGGAUUAGAAGUUGCAGUUGCUUAUCUUCAGGAAUACUGCAAUCGUACUACAAUUUCUUUAUAAUAACACUUCUAGCAGGUGGCAUGUGUAAUGCAUAAAAACCACGGAAAAUUGGCUACUCUUAGUUUUUUCAACUUUUAAGAAAUGUUCAUUUUUAAU